UUUUGUUUAUUUUUACCAAAACCCCUCACUUAAAUUAUUUUUAUUUCCUUAUAUAUUCACACACACAAUAUAUAUAACCAAUAAAAUCCAAUAUAUAUAUUUAUAAUAAAAACCAAAGAAAAAUUGUCUUUCUUUAACCAUCAGUUUCUUCAAUUUGUUGAUCUACUUUGUCUGAAAUGUGUAGCUGUUGAUCUUUGUUCUUGAAAAGCUUAUUUGGGUCACUGAUGAGUGGCUCAUGGCUUAAGAAUAUCUUUAGGAAAAUUCCAGAAAGGUAAAGUUGGAAUUUUUCUAAAAUGGGGUUUUCUUGAAAAGGUGAAAUCUUGAUUCUAUAAAUAGAAUUUUGUGAAGUGGGGUUGUUUUUGAUUUGUGUGGAUUUGAUUAUGGAUGGGUGUUUUCCUUGUUUUGGAUCAUCAAACAAGGAAAGUGGAAAUGGUGUUAAAGAAGUGGUAAAAAAAGAGUCUUUUAAGGAUGGUUCUGCUGCUCAAUCUAUCCAUUUGAGCAAAGUUAAUUCAGAUAAAUCAAAGUCUCGUGGAAGUCAUGAUCCUAAGAAAGAUCCGGCCAUUCCAAAAGAUGGGCCAACAGCACAUAUUGCUGCGCAGACAUUCACAUUUCGUGAGCUUGCUGCUGCAACGAAGAAUUUUAGGCCAGAGUGUUUGCUUGGUGAAGGUGGGUUUGGACGUGUUUACAAAGGUCGGCUGGAAAGCACCGGACAGGUGGUUGCUGUUAAACAGCUUGACCGCAAUGGUCUUCAAGGGAAUAGGGAAUUUUUGGUGGAGGUUCUGAUGCUUAGCCUACUACAUCAUUCAAAUCUCGUCAACCUGAUUGGUUAUUGUGCAGAUGGGGACCAACGCCUCCUUGUUUACGAGUUUAUGCCAUUGGGUUCUUUAGAAGAUCAUUUACAUGAUCUCCCACCUGAUAAAGAACCAUUGGACUGGAAUACAAGGAUGAAGAUUGCAGCUGGUGCAGCGAAGGGUUUAGAAUAUCUGCAUGACAAAGCCAACCCUCCUGUAAUAUAUCGAGACCUAAAAUCUUCCAAUAUACUUCUUGAUGAAGGAUAUCACCCUAAAUUAUCAGAUUUUGGGCUUGCUAAACUGGGCCCUGUUGGCGACAAGACUCAUGUGUCUACACGUGUGAUGGGCACAUAUGGUUACUGUGCUCCUGAAUACGCAAUGACAGGUCAACUCACAUUGAAAUCUGAUGUGUACAGUUUUGGGGUUGUCUUCCUUGAGCUGAUUACAGGCCGCAAGGCAAUUGAUAACACACGGUCCCAUGGGGAGCAUAAUCUUGUUGCCUGGGCUCGACCACUUUUCAAGGAUCGGAGGAAGUUCCCAAAAAUGGCAGAUCCACUACUGCAAGGGCGUUACCCAAUGCGAGGACUUUACCAAGCUUUGGCUGUGGCAGCAAUGUGCUUGCAAGAACAAGCAUCUACUAGACCUUUAAUAGGGGAUGUUGUGACAGCUUUAACAUAUUUAGCCUCCCAAACGUAUGACCCUAAUGCACAAAGUAACCGUGUUGGUUCAUCCACUCCAAGGAGCAGGGAGGAUAGACUGCAGUCAGUUGAUGGAGUAGAUAGUCCUGAUGAACAUUGCAGUGUUCACCAUGGUUCUCCUUCCAUCCAGAGGAAUUCUCCUGAUUCCAGGAAAAGAGAUUCCGCCAGGGAUUUCAAUACUGGGAUAGAGUUGAGGAAAAUUGCAACUAGUGGUGGAUCUGGUCGUAAGUGGGGUUUGGAUGAAUCAGAACGUCCUGAUUCUCAAAAAAACAGCCCAGUCAGUGCAGGUAGAAAUCGAGAAACCCCAAGGAACCGGGAUCUAGACAGGGAACGUGCAGUUGCUGAAGCAAAGGUAUGGGGCGAAAACUGGAGGGACAAAAAGAAGACAAAUGCAAGAGGUAGUAGUUUUGAUGGGAUAAAUGAUUGAUUUGCCCCAAAAUAUAUGUUGCAAGGAUUUCUAGGAAUAUAGAUUUUGGUCGUCAUGAUGCAAACAGGAGGUACUGCAGUUGCAUAAUCAUUGGGUUCUUGGUUUUCCAUACUCAGUUUGGAAGUAAGAGUCUUAUCCUACUUUCUGUGGUUGCUCAUUGAAGGUAAUUCAUUCAUGUUCAAUGUAAACUUAGAUGUUUCAGCUGUUGUGGUUGAAGGAAAUACUGUUAAAAUGAGAGGGAAAGCAGCUCAAUGGUUCAAUGUGGGGCUAGAGUUGGGGGAUAAAUGGUAGCUGCAUUGUGAUAACGUGUUAAUCCUAUGUGUUAUGGGGUUUCUAGAGUUUAUGGUACAGGAGUCGUGGGGAACAUAUCUAACUUUCGCUUCUUUAUGUGUUCUUUGUAUGGAGGAACUUGGUGGAUAUGGUUUCGGAUGUCCCUUGUAAUUCCAUUGUUUCACCUUGUAUUCUGUUGUAGUUCCCAUCUGUAAGGAUUUCCGAGUCUCGCGUUUUGGCUUUUAUAGAAAAGGGGUUUGAGUACCAUGCCAUGUCUCAUGAAAUGAACUACUGUAUAUUUUGGGUCAGCAGCUUUGAGGCUCAAACUGAAAUCUCGCUUUUAGAAGGAUUUGUUUAAUGAG